AUGUCUGAAAACAAAUAUCCAAGUAUACACCGACAACGCGCAAGCCCCAACGCCAAGGCUAUCAAGAUCAAGGAUCCCAAGAAGUCUCUGAUAUUCAAUUCAGAUACUAAUUCUUCAGACUAUCUGUCCCCAAAACGUAAGAAACAACGCUUUUUAGAGAAUCUCAAACAGCACAACAAGUUACCAGACACAUUUAAGGAUGCAACGUCUUCCCUGGGAACUUGGAAUUACAUUCCUACUUCAGAUAGCGAAGAUAGUGAUGGCCUUGAUGACUUGUUGAUUAACACCAAUGGAAUUGUCUCUGAGAAUCAAAACUCCUCAUCCAGACCAAAAACUGAAGCAAAAGAUCUCGCUGAGUCGACAGAACUCACACCACCAAGACCCCAGCCUUUGGCCCUGACACCUAGAAAGACAGCACUACCCGCUAAACAGGACGUUCUAGAUACCAUAUUUGAUCAGCAGGUGGAUCUUGAAGAAGUCAAAACCCGGUUUGAACUGAUGAAUAUCCCCCCGGUGACCAACUCCAAGUUCGAGCUCAGGCACAGAACUGAUAAGUAUCUCGAUAGUAUUCCCAAGUUUCUCAAGGGGACCAAGCCAAUGUCUUAUUUCUACGAUUUGGCCAAAGAACUGAGAAUGGCUGCACCUCACGAGACAAUGAGACAGCGAGAUAAAUACAACAUCCGCUGGGAAAUAUUUUACGGAGGAUACUACGGCUUGAAACGGCAAAUGUAUGUGGCAAGCGUCAUCCUCGACACGUACCGAGACUUAAUUACCAAAACAUCCUCUAAAAAUGCCACAGUGGCUUUCUGGGGGCCAGAAGAUUUCUGCAAGUAUGUGCUUGCCAACGAGAUCAUCUUAAGAUUUAUCAUGGAAGACUACGAGUGUCUGUUCAGUCGAGCUGAGGAGAUAAUCAAGGAGACGUCAGAGUAUGGAACCAGUGUUACCGACUCUAUUGACUUUGAUGACGACGUUACAGAAGAAACAAACACUUUGGAACUUCCAGAAGUUGUACCCAAAUCGAAACCGGAGCCCACAAAACUUAUUAAAAUCAGUGACUUGUUUGAUGAUCUGGAUGACGACUAG